AUGCAACGCAGUGCAGCAGCGAGUUACAAACAAAAUUCGUUUUCUAAGCAAAAGGUGGACGGUGAAGACUUCAUCCAAACAGAUGUCUGCCCUAAAGCUGGAGAUGUCGUCUUGGAUUUAGGCUGCGGUACAGGGGAACUGUCUGCAUACCUAGCUGAGUUGGUAGGAGCCGAAGGAAAGGUUAUUGGUGUCGAUCCUGACAAGGAACGAAUUCGAGUGGCCAGGGAGUCUCACAGGGGAAUCAAGAAUCUGUCAUUUACAGAGGGGAGCGCUUCUAGCUUUUUCAGAAUGGAUUCAAAUGCAUACGACAUUGUUUUCUGCAAUGCGGCUUUUCACUGGAUGCCUGAAAAACAACAAAUCUUCAACGACAUGUUUUCGAGUCUGAAGGCUGGAGGAAAAAUAGGUAUUAACUACCUGGACAGUUUGCCUCCGUUUGAGUUCAACGCUUACAUGCUGCUGAAUCCAGAGAACGCAGAACGUAUUUGCAACGAGAUGUACCAUUGUGAGUCCAAAACCAAGAUCGAACAUUAUUGUUUAUCAUCGGGGUUUCAAAUUGUCAAGCAUUACGAAUUUUGCGCUCCGUUUGUUUUUGAAUCCAUUGAGGGUCUUCUGGAGUGGCACUGGUCAACCACACACGGUGUAUUUGAUCUUUCGCUUAUCACUGAAGAGCGUUUACAGAAGUAUCUUGCUCCAUACGUUGGCGAAAAUGGAGAACCUUGCCUGGAUUUCCGAGGAAUAAAAGAGGAAUCCACUGUGUACAGGUUGACAGCCGUCAAGCAAGCUGCAAACGCCCUUUUAAAAACAUUGGAGUAG